CUUUUCUGUUAUAGCUGGGAACAAGGUUCAUUCUCAACAAACGAUCGCAACCCAACACUGGCUCAGUUAAAAUUUCAUUGUAUACCACGCUCUCAUUCUAAACGUAAUGCCACGACCACCUUCGACUUCUUUGCUGAAGGCUGAAGGGAUGGAUGCCGCGCAUUUUGGGGACAUAGAUGUCAGCACAGACCUAGACCAUAGUGCUGCCAUGAGGCACCACGAAGUCCGGAGCGAAACUACCGGCACACCUCAAAGCACACCACCGGAAGAUCAUACAGCCACAUCUUCUAGCCAUCAGCCAGCACUUGAUAAGGCAACCAGAGAAUUCGUUUUGAGCUGGAUUCAUAGCAAUUACGUUAUAGACAAGGAUCAUAGCGUGGCGAGGAAUGAUGCAUACGAACAUUACAUUAGUUCGUGUGAGGGCCUCAAUUUAAGGCCAAUCAAUUCGGCUUUGUAUGGAAAAUUGAUGCGGUCGGUGUUCCCGGACAUGAGUACGCGACGACUGGGCACGCGAGGAUCUUCAAAAUACCAUUAUGGAGGAAUUAAACGAAGGGUGUCGUCAGAUCAGGCCAGUAACCAGGUGCAGUCAACAUCUGAUUUCAGCCCAAUGAACACUACUGUCAGCGGAUUUUCGGUGUUCUCCCAGGACAGCCCAUUGACCGCGAAUCAGCAUUCACAGCAUCAUCCUUCCGACACAGAAUCUCCAUAUCUGCCCUCAUUGGGUACAGACACAUUGGUACCGGCGCUACCGAUCUUGACAACGGCCGUGACAGGGGCUUCAGAAUCUCCUCUAAAACUACCACGUUUUUUUCCACCUACGCUUUAUAAUAGAAAUGAAGCAAUUGCUGACGAUGAAUCUAUUCAAUUGGCCUCAGAUUUUACACAACUAUACGCAAAACAUUGCUCGACCAUACUGACCUAUUCUCAGGCAGAUCAAUGGAAAAAGAUUAGGAGAGAGUUGAUGGACUUUUGGCAUGGCUUGGACUCAAAGUAUACUAAACUUCUCCGAGAAUCAAACGAAUUGGUGGAGGCUAUUUGGCGAUGGGAUAGUGCACUUUACGAUUGUUUUAUGGCAAAUUCAAUCGGUGACGUUACCGUCGCCAUUCCAGCACCAAAAACAAGAGCGUUAAGACAAUUUGCAUCGCAAUAUGAAGAUUGGGUGACCGAAAGCAUCAAAAGCUACUCUGCAGAUUUGCACCAAAGCAAAGUCGAUGUUGCCAGACUGUUUAUUUCCAAGCUUCGUCAUCGCGUGCUGCUCAAUCACGAGGCUAAGCUUGCAUCUCAAAUAAUAGAAAACGAAGAGAAAAUGACAGAGUUGCAGCAUGACUGGGCAGCAAUCGAUGUUGCCAUGAUCAUCGACCAGGCGACCUGGAUUUGUGAAUGUCGAGCGGACGAUGUAGAGAAAAUAGUGAUCAAGGACAUAGUAAAUUUGCUACAUGACGGCAAAGCUUUAGAUGAUUGGAUAUCUUGGCUUAAAAAGCUGACAUCAAAUUUCAUGUUGAAGACAAUGGACGCUGGUCGUUUUGUGCAUCAUGCCAGACAGAUCAUCUUGAAAUGGAAUCACUAUGGAUCGGCCAUACUGAAAGAUUUUAGUUUGAGGAGUGCGGUCAGUUUAGGAACCUUCAUGGUACUCAAGAUGUUUGUAGAUGAUUAUUUGAUCGCACUAGUGGAAGGCCAUAUUGCUGAACUCAACGUUCGCUUGGCAAGACCGACAGCACCUCCUCUGGGUUUUGACGACGAAAGACAACCGGGUGUUUCGGAUGGAAAAGGAGCCGGCGAUCCGUCAGAUUUGCCCGACUCCAAGUCUUCCCGAAGGGACGACACGAAGCCUCCGUUUAACAUUGUAUUUCAUAAAUUUCGAUAAGAUUGUGACUCUUUGCAUUUCCUUCCUUCAAUAACCUUUCAGUUUGUAAUCUUUAAUUUUGUGUUUUACUGCUCAUUGAAGUAUAGCUUGAGCAUCUGGAGCCUGCCGAUCUCAAAUUAAGUUUGUGUUUGACUGCCAACCAAUUUUUUUUUUCUGUUCGUUCGGCGAUUUUCCCAACUUUUUUGCGAGUUCGUCAGCAGCAAUACAAUCCUAGGGCAGAAAGCUUAAUCCGAAUUUUUUUUUUU